GGUCAAACCCGACAUCGAGACCACUUCUGGUACCGGCAGAGGCGGCGGGGGUUGCAAUCUUAUUGAUUGUCUUAGCCUGAAUGUCUCGUGUAACGCUAACGCCUAACACCUCUGGGAUUCUCGUGUAGGUGCAGGCUAGGAUAGGAAGGAAGGAAGGAAGGAAGGAAGGAAGGAAGGAAGGAAGGAAGGAAGGAAGGAAUGAAGUGAGGAUAGUUAGGUGAGAAGAGAAAGAAAGACGAGACAGAGAUAGAGACAGACAGCUAGUUGAAAGAGCCGUUGCCAAGUUUCUAUUUAAAGCCAAAGGGUAGCGGGUUGCUGCUGUUGGUCGUCGGUAAUUUACGAGCUUGGUAUCCAGGGAGAGGCUAGAAAAGGAAAGGAAAAAAAAAAGGACAGAUUGAAACAGAAGGAAAAAAAAAUAAAAAAUACACACGGAAAUAAGGAGAACGCGAGGAGAGGUCAGUGGAGGAAAAAUAACCAAACAACUUUGACACCCUUGCACAUUCGAGAAGAAGCUUAUACACGCGUAGGUAUAGAAAACGUGAGCCUUUGACACGCGACCUACUUCCUCGAUGACUUUCAAACUAUGCAUGAUGUACGAGGCUGGGAAAUUUAUCGCCGUGGCGGGUUGUUAUACCGCUGGGUUAUUCUUUUCAAAAAUUAUUAGCCUCUCCUCCGAAACGAUGUCGUAAAAGUGAGAACAAAAGUAUUAUUCCUCUUCAAAGAGAACACCGAAUUAUCCACGGACGAACAUCGGUUCCGCCAUCCGCGCGUUGGUUCCCGGUUCUUGAAAAUUUGUUCACCGCGUUCCUCGCGUUAUUCCGCCGCACCCGGAUUCCUGUCCCUCGAAUUUCACCCCCUCCACCCCUUCUGGUAGCCUUUCGGAGCGAUAAAUUCGUCGCUAUAUGGGGUCACUGUAAGGUGGCGGCACCAUUCCCUCGAAUUGCGAUGCAGCCCGACGCGUGAGCCACGUGUCUGUUCGUGUAUGUAUCCGCUUGUUCGUGUGGAGAGAUCGAGUGGAGCACACCCGGGUACCACCUUGUCGGGAUGGCAGCGAGGGAUGUGAAAUGCGCGAGCGCCACAGGGUUAGGUACCAUCUAUAGGAUGCUUUGGAAAAGAGGGGCUGCUGGUUGCGCGCGGGAGAACGAAGAGCCACGGGGUUCGAGGACGGAGGGCGGACGUGCGAGGGGUGGACGAGGGGAGUAGGAAGCGAGGAAGAAGAGGGCGAGAGGUAGGAGACAAGAGGAGGCUCACUCUGCGGCUCCCGCCGCUCGGGAGCAGACAAGCAGGGCCAAACACAAACUUAUUGAAAACUAUUUUAUUAAAAAUUUGUAAAUAACACUCCUUACUCUACUGUAAUAAAGCGAAGCAACAAAAAAACCAACAACGUUUAAAAAGAAUAAGUAAGAAAAAUCAAAAUCACGCAACUAUCCAAUCAGCUCCAAUAAAAAGAAGAAGAAAGAAACAAAAGAAUGAAAAAUUAUAUCCGUGUAAUAGUAAACGCAUAAAAUUUGAAAUAAAAAAUUUACUCGAAAUAUUGAAUAAUAUAAAAUACAAGACAAAACGGAUAGAAGGAAAACACAAAUUCGUUAUUUUAUCAAAAUUCUCAACAACGAAACACUACGACUAACUGACUAACUAACUAACUAACCUCACUGACUAACCAAAUAACUACUUACGCAUAAAACAGAAGCAAAACAAAACAAACAAAAGCAGAAAAGUAAUCAACCAACAAAGCAAAUAAACAAACUAAACGUAAAUCGCAAGCAAAUGCAAAUUUUCAUUUAAUAUGUGUGACCCUUACAUUGUUUUGUCCUACCGCGGGACGGGUUCAGUGUUGUAACUUAGUAUAUAAGGAAAAUAAAGUUCCGAACCGUCGAAAAGACGUAUCAAUUGUACGUACUUAUAUACCUUUGUGCCCUGCUGACAAAGAAUAAGGGGAAAACCGUAUUUGAAGAGUUCGAGGAAAGAUCGUUGAGAGAAAUAGUUGGGAGACGAGAUAAUAAAGAUAAAAAAAGAAAGAAUUUUAAAACAAUAAAACUAAUAAUAAUAAUAAUAUUAAUAAUAAUAAUAAUCAUAUAUAAUCAGGGCUUUAAUUUUUUAUAUUAUACGUAUAAUAUAGUAAUAACAGUAAUAUUUAUAAUAAUAAUUAACAAUAACAGUACAGAUAUUAAAACUGCAAAAGAGAUUGGAUAACAAUCGACUUAGCGUCCUGAACCACGUGCACUGGGAGCAUAUACGCCACGUGCGCGCUAAUUGCUACUAAUUGCUAAGCUAAACACUGCACUAAAAACUUAGUUUAAAACGUCUUGACUCUUGACUUUUGGCGAAAUAAAAAAAUCUCGAUUUAAAAUCGAACAAUAAUAUAGUUAUAUAAUAACUCCACUUAUAUUUAUGAAUUUUUUUAUCAAUCGAUUCGAGUGGCUGUGCACAAUAUUAUUGGGAUGUUCUGCGGUUCAGUAAUAGUAAUAAUAUUGAUAAUAACAGUAAGAAUAGUAAUAAAAUUAUUACCUCGAAGUGUCAUCCUUCGGUAUAUGACAAAGUUCUUCGUUGUCCCGUUUGGCAACAAUUAACUACAAUUACUGGAUCCUACUUGUAUCGCCAAUGCAUCUUGGCGGUAAUUAACGCACUAAUUUCCCUUCCUAUCACGGUCUUUAAUCAUUUUCUUGGGUCACACCACGUGCGCUCUUUGUACAAAUCCUUUUGAACAAACAAAUAAUACCCUUUGAUAUCCUAUCGCGGUACAGCAUCGCGAUUGUACAUCGAAUUCUGUAUCCGUUCCAAAACUCCUCAUCGUCCAUGACGUUAAUCGUUGAAUAGAGUAUCUCUGCUUCUGAAGCAAUUCCUCUUCACAUCCGCACAUCGCUUUCCAAUUCUGCCUUGCGAGUUCAGGCCCGAGAAAGUAAAAUAGGAACAAUAACUUUACCAACGAUAGUAAUAACAACGAACAGCAUACGAAUACCAUUGACUACCAUCAGAUAACGUGCCCAUCUGUCUACACUCACGUUAGAUAAUAAUAUUAUCAUAUUAUCCGAGUGAAACGAGAGGUCGUGAACGAUGGCUGGAUACAAUCACGCGAAUCCGCGUGCGGUCUACCAUGGCACCUACCCAACGCCACUUGCCCCGAACGGCGACCCGAUAAAACUACCAGAGAACUUAGAGACACUGCCCAGGGCGGAGCAGUUUCCGACACAGAGACAUCGAUGGAACACCAACGAGGAAAUCGCUGCCAUUUUGAUAAGUUUCCAAAGGCACGUGGAAUGGCAGAGUCGAGAGGUAAAAGUUCGCCCAAGAAGCGGAUCGAUGCUGUUAUAUUCACGGAAGAAGGUACGAUAUCGGCGGGAUGGUUAUUGCUGGAAGAAACGAAAAGACGGGAAGACAACUCGCGAGGAUCACAUGAAGCUAAAGGUUCAGGGAGUCGAAUGUAUAUACGGCUGCUACGUUCACUCGGCUAUCCUGCCAACCUUUCAUCGAAGAUGUUAUUGGCUGUUACAAAAUCCAGACGUUGUUCUUGUCCACUAUUUGAAUGUCCCUUAUCCGGACGGCGAUGCAAAACUAGCCGCGUUACCACCGUGCCUCGCAUUACCACCGGACAAGAAAGAGUGGACCCGGGAUGAACUCGCUUCUCAGCUGAGGCCAAUGUUCCUCGGUGGAGACGUAGACUAUGACGAUCCAAACGCAACGCAGCAUUCUAAUCAUCCGGUCGACAUGAUCGUCACUCAGCUCCUCGACAGGCAAAGAGCAUCCAAUACCCCGUCGACUGGUGGAGCUCAGCUUGCUCCCAGAAGACUAACGCCCGACAAUCAGGUGACUUCCACAACGGGGGGUCAGCAGCCUUCUUCCACAGCACCGAACGCACCUAGGGUAUACUCGCGACAUUCCCAUUCCACCCAGAACCAACAGCCAGCACCCCUGGUUCUGAGCUUACAGCAAAUCCAAGGAGGAGGUGGCCUCUUGAUUUUGAACAGCCAGCCUUACCAUCAGCAACAGCAGCAGCAGCAGCAGCAGCAGCAGCAACAACAACAGCAACAGCAGCAGCAGCAGAAUCAGCGAAUUGAGAUGAGGCAAGUGACGGAGCAGCAGAUAGUUCAGCAGACGAGCGUCGACAGGGAGCAGCAGACUCAGCAUGAAUUGGAUAACCAGGAUAGCAUGCAAAGGUCGAGCACUCAAACACUGCCGGCGUCCAGUUCGGUAGUGACAGAUUUUGCAGAAACCUUGGACCUCAGUCAGGAAGACAUUCAACGAACAUUGUCAGCGAACAUGGUGCCCCCUGCUCCAUCGCCCUCUCCAGCUGACGACAACAUCAUCAAUCCAAUGGACUUUAUCGACUCCUCAGACGACGUUCUCGUCAAUUUAGACGCCUUUGACGUAUUUGGCGAUCUACCAGAGCUCCACGACUUUGAAACCGAGCAAGCGAAAGCCAUUGAAAGGGGCAGGUCGGAUAGCGAUGCGAACUGUCACCCGAACACAGCUCAUAUCGCCGAAUAUAGUCCAGAAUGGAGUUAUACAGAGGGUGGCGUAAAGGUACUAGUCGCUGGACCAUGGACUGGUGGUAGUGGAUCUCAAUCUUACUCGGUCUUGUUCGACGCUGAGCCAGUAGAGGCCUGCCUGGUGCAACCUGGGGUGCUACGUUGUCGAUGUCCGGCGCAUGCUCCAGGUCUGGCUUCCCUUCAAGUAGCCUGUGACGGUUUCGUGGUUUCGGACAGCGUUGCAUUUGAGUAUCGGCGUCCAUCAACAGCCGAACCGAGUCCCGAACGGGCCCUUCUAGACAGGCUGGCUGACGUCGAAGCCCGCCUCCAAGGCCCUGGUCCUCCCUCGCCAGCGGCUCACUUCGAGGAACGACUUGUCGCCUAUUGCCAGGACGCAGUUGCGCGACCUUGGCAGGUCGGCGCUGAACCUCUGCAGUCCGGAGGACCGACUCUUCUGCACUUGGCUGCUGGGUUGGGGUACUCUAGGCUGGCUUGUGCUCUACUUCAUUGGAGAGCUGAAAAUCCCAGCACCGUACUGGACGCUGAAGUCGAUGCCCUACGGCAGGAUGGAAGCGGACUCACGCCUCUUGCCUGGGCAUGCGCUGCUGGACAUGCCGAUACAGCUAGAAUACUGUACAGGUGGAACGCGAUGGCAUUACGAGUGAAAGACAAUCGAGGUAGAAGCGCGACUGAGAUAGCAUCGGGAAACGGUCAUUCGAUGAUAGCGGAAGAGUUGAAUCAAUUAGAAGCGCGGAGGCAGGACGAAGGGCUUUUUUUGCGUCCAGCAAGCCCUAGGAGACCUUCCCAAGACAGUGGCCUUGAUUUAGCGCUAUGUGGCUCACCGCUGUUGGACAACAUGGAGUUGUUGCAAGAAGACGAAACAUCGUUGAGCCUCGGCCAACAGAGAAUGGAGAGUACUCCUAGUGCUCCCAACCCCCAAGAGACCGUAGGGGAGGAAGAUGCCAAGGUACUGACGUUGGCGGAACAGAUAAUCGCAGCGCUUCCAGAACGAAUAAAACGUGGUGACGGAGAACCUCCCUCGCCAUCUUCACCCCCGUCACCGCCUCCGCCGUUAACGCCAUUGGAAGAUGCCUUGAUGGAGCAAAUGCCCCUGGAUUCGGGCGAACUGUUCGAUUCGUAUCGGGACUGCGGCGGGGGAGCGGCAUCAGUGUCAGACGUUGACGCUGAUGCCAGUCCCUCGAGUCCAUCGAGCAGUUGUCUGACGCCAGACUCGCCCUCGCCGCCACCGACGACUGCGGAUUUUUGCGAAUUCCUCCAACUCCAGCUACAGCUGGACGGCGGGAACGGUCACAACGCUCGUUACGGUUACGAAAACUGUGAUCGUAACGUAGUUUUGGGCGGGGGUAUUUGCGGCGGUGGUGGGGGUGACAGUGAGGCCGAUUUGAGCAGAUUGACACUCUCCGACCGGGAACAACGCGAACUUUAUCAAGCCGCUCGAAUGAUCCAAAAGGCUUACCGCAGCUACAAGGGACGCCAACGGCAAGAAGAAGCCGAACGACAUGCUGCCGUACUCAUACAGCAGUACUAUCGACGGUAUAAACAGUACGCUUAUUACAGACAAGCAACUCGAGCAGCGUUAGUUAUCCAGAGUAACUACCGCAACUACCGGGCUCGUCCUGGGUCUUCCAGCUCACGGCAACAAGCCGCUUACCAACAAGCCGCCCAUCAAGCUGCCAGAAAAAUUCAGCAGUUCAUGAGGCAAUCCAAAAUCAAACUGCAGAGCGCCAGGGCCGUCGCAAACGGGAGCGUGAGGCAGCCGGGACACACUUCACAGGGGGCUGUUGCCCUCCAAAGCUCGCCCUCAUCUAGCCCAGGGGCCAGCCUAGCAGCCGCGAACCAAGAUGCCACCCAGCAAACAAACACCGUUCAUCCUUGCCAUCGGUAGCAUCGGGUGCCGGUUUUAACCAGAAGCAAUGCCACCGUGUUUAGGUAUUUCUGCUUUAGUGGCUAGGUAAACGGCACAAGGUACAAAGAAACAAAAAAAAAAAAAAAAACAAAAAAAAAACGACAAUGAAGGAAAAAAAAACCUGAUGCUAUCAAACGCUAUGUACUGUGGCGAUAAUUGAUCCGUUGUUAAUACUAUUACCCUCACGGUGAACAGUGGCGUGUCUCGGCUGGUUCCGUCUUUCGAAAUAUACUGAAGAAAAUCAGAGACAGAGAGAAAGAGAGAGAGAGAGAGAGAGAGACAGGGGGAAAAUAGUAUAUUUUGUAACAAGGAGGCAAACGCGGUCUUUUCGGGUCGAGCAUAAGUUUGCAAUGUGAAUCGUAGGUGAACCGAUGACGAAUAUUGCAAAUAAGCAUGGCGAAAAGACCGUUGGCUCCUUGUUCCACACGAUUCUUUAUGUAACAAGAGUAUGUUACGCGUUUUUUCACGAAGCAUGAAGUUGAAGUUAGGGUCGCUUGAUGUCAGAUUCGUUCGCGACAGCGCAUGCGCGUAGUACAGAAAAAGCCACUUUCAACUUCUAGGACUUGAAAGUGGUCUCUUCAGUACUCUGCGCAUGCGCGUUCGUAUACUCAAUCGACCUUCAUAGAAACAGGUACUUUGUGUAUGGAAAACACGCAUGAAAAAACGCGCGAAACGUGCUCGCGUUAUAUAAAUAGGACAUUUCAUAACUAAUAUGAAUGAGGCUUGUUGAGGAGACGUGAGGCUUGCAGUACGAGCCACAGACGAGUGCUGUAACACGUGAGUCAAAAAACAUCCAUACGAGUUUCGACCUGUACUUUUGAAUACAAGAGCCACGAAGUCACGACAACGUCGCAAUUUUGAGCUUAGUGUGCUAAAAAAAUAUUGUCCGAUUCAUCCAACGACGAAGAUCUGCAGUGCGCGUUGGUGCGUUGCGCUGAAGACGACUCCGUCCUUCCUCGAUAAUGAAAGAAAAUGAUAAAAAUUUUUGAACGAAUGAAGAUUAAAAAAUAUAAUGAUUGAAUGAAUAAGAAAAAACACACAGAAGCAAACAAAAAUCACGAAAAAAACGUACAGAGAACGCAGCGAGUAUCCGAAAGUAUGAAAAUGAAUUGCCACUUUUGCGAACUAGUGCGAAGAUGCUGAUUUCUAUGGAUUUGUACUGACUGACUGACUCGAGUAGCCCAAGGCUUAGCUGCUGCCUUGUUAUUAUAUUACAAUUGUUCCUAAACACAGGUAAAGACAGUAUGUAAGCGUGCGCAGAUACACACACAUCAUAUAUUUAUAAAUGUAUAAAUAAUUGUAAUUUAUCAAAAUUUGAAGAAAUUUUAUUUUUCAUUUUUUCAUCAACCCCUCGAUAAUUCAGUUUCCCGACGCCUUGAAACGACACUACGUGAAAAAGGAUAGAUAAUAAUUAGUAUCCACGGUGACUUUUUACACAUGGCGCUCAUAAUCAUGCGUGAUCAUUUCGUUCUUUCUGGUCAUCUUUAUUGCACUCGCGUCUGUUGAAAUUCGUAUUGAAACUCGAAUAUGUACAGAUGAAAUCUGACAGCCGCUCUGAUAAUCGCAUACAAAUGUAUAUUUAAGCGUUUCCUGCAGUAACGGAGGAGAGAAAUAAGAUGUAACGAGGUUUCAUUUAUAAAAACUCGAGAAAAACACGACGUAAUACAACGACGAAACGAGAAACAAACCGAUAUCGAAUGUACUUAAACUGCUCGUGAAAAAGAAAAUGGAAAAAAAUCGAGAGUAUCUAUGAACGGAAAAGAAUAAACGGCACUCCCUGUAAUUCUGUUAUAAGGUAAAUCACGAAUUGCGAGCAUAUCAAUUCCCACUAAAAAGGAAUGUUGUGUAAGGGAAAGAAAUAAACGUUAAACGAAAACGUUAUUGUUACACCUACUUAACUUGCGAUGCGAUAUAGCUUUUAUUUUUCUGUCUUUCAUUAGUCAUCUCAUAAUUAUAUUGUACGGACAGAGUGUGGUGCGAGAAAACAGCGAAAUGAAAUCGAAGGUUUAUUACACGUAUGCAGGUAUAAUCUGUAAGAAUUCAAAUGUAUUAUGAUCCAACGUUUUUAUUUGAUAUUCUAAAACUGAAAGAGAAGAAAAAGAAAAAUUGUUCGUUUUAAAAAGGAAGACGAGAGCUCUUAGUGGAGCCCUGAUCGACGGGCUGUGCUUAGUGAAAUCACACAUUGUAAUGAAUUUUCUUAUUAUAAUAUAUAUUACACGAAAAAAAAAAUAUAUAUAUAUAUAUCCAGAGAGAAGAAAGAGAGAUUCGUUGAAUAGUUAGAUAAUUGAAUACUAAAAAUUAUCUACAUACCUUGACUAAUUCUAUCCAUAAUAAUUAACCAUCUACCUACUUAUGUAUAACUACCAAUAUUUCUCUCGUAGGUUUUCAUCAUUCUCAAAAGAAAAUCGCAAAAAAGAAAAAAAAAAAACAAAAAAAUUUCUCUUCUAUGGGAUAGAAAUCGCAUACAUAAUUAACAUAGAGGAAGCACACUCACGGAUUUCCGUCAAUAAGUCUUAUAAUAAGAGUAUAAACAUAUAGUGUUUAACUGAUCAAACAUUGUGAUAACUCCAAAAAGUGAUCCAAGAAAGUAUUUCACGAAAUGAAAAUGUCACAUGUAUAAAUUAUUUAUGAUGAUGACAUUUGUUAAUUGAAAUAGCAGAGACAAGUAGACAAAUCCAAUCAAUGAUACCCUGCAUAUCUAUGCUCACGUUGCGUUUGAGACUGCAGUUUGGCACGCGUGAAUCGCAAACUUAAUUUCAAUCAUCGUGUUUUUUUCAUUACUUUCAUUAUUUCUCAAUUCGAUACAAAUGAUUUAAAAUUUAGGCAAGAAUCGGAGCCUCAAAAUCUUUCGUAGAUAUUUGAAAGAACUCGUUUUUCAAGCAUCAGUUGGGAAAAAAAUUGAAUCAAUUAGUUUCAUGGAAUUCGAUUAUUGGGAAUGAGCAGAAACACGAAAUACAAAUUCUUCAGGAUUUAAAUUUAUAGAAGCAGGACUUUUCAAUUGAAAAAGAAAGUCCGAGUUUGUAUCUUCGGAACGUGAGCAUAAUUUGCACGUAAUAUUGAAAAUAAAUGUUGUUUAACACACGAGUCAAUUCCAAUGAGCAUUUUCAUGCCAUUUAUAAGCUUAAAGAUUUAUUAUUCUUAGUUGUUAUAAAACGUCGAGGAUGAAUUUCGAGAAAAAAAGAGUUAUGAAAUAAAGACGAAAAAACACAUACACGCGUAAAUAAAGUAAAAUCAUCGAAUGUUAAAAAAAAAAAAAGAAACAAAAUUUGAAAAACUUCAAUCUUUCAAUCAUUGUUAUAUCCAUUAGUCAUGAUGUUACUGCUGAUACUUAAAUGAGACUAGUAGUUAUUCUUAUUGAUAUUGUUAUUAUUAUUAUUAUCAUUAUUAUUAUUAUUAUUUUUAUGUUUAUUUUUAUUUUUAUCAUCAUCAUUUUUAUUGUUAUUUUCAUGAAUAUGAUAAUAAUUAUUAUUACAUACAAACUAUUGUUAUAUUUAUAUUUUUGCUUAAAGUAAAUAUUCCAUAGCUCUAUUAUACCUACGUUAAAGUAAAAUUUAGUACCUAAUUGAAAUUCUAGUGACAAAGAGAGUGAUGAGGGUUGAAAUACAUUAUAUAUGGCGCAGUUUUCCUCUAAGUGCGGUUUUCACAAAUGGCAAUCAAUUUUUGAAUUUUACAUUUGUAUUUAAUAAAAGAACAAAGCUAAAAUAACACAGAAUAAAACAGAAAAUAACGAUUCGGAAGCGGGACAGAAAAUAAUUAAAAAAAAAAAAAAAAAAAAAACAACAGUAAAAAUUAAUAAUAAUCAUAAUGUGUCGAAUACCGUCGCGCUUAGUGGUAAAAACUGUUAAUCGGCUAAUGGUUUAGUCUAAAACAUAGGAGCUCAACUACAGGAGCGGUAAAUUGCUUUGAUAUUUUCAAAUUCUAAUAAAAAGGAUAAUAAAUUGAACAAAAAAAAUUUAAUCAUAACAAUAUCUACGUAGCAUUUUAGAUACGAUUGAAAUAUAUUUAUAGAGAUCCAAGAUCUUUUCACGCAGCAGCAUGAAUAAAAAUGAAUUAACAAUAGUAACAACAACUAUAAUAAUAAUAAAUAAAUAAUAAUAAUAAUAAUAAUAAUAAUAAUAAUAUGAGCGAUGAUGAAUAAUAAUGAUAAUCUUAAAAUAAAAACAAUAGUAUGAAACAAAUCAACUAUCGUGAGUUGAAAUUACGUACCUCCAUAUAUUGAUAUAUAUAUAUACAUGUAUAUGUUAUAUAUAUUCAUAUAACAUAUAUGUAUGUAUGUCAUGGUCAUUAAAUUUUCUAGGGUAGGCGCUUCGAGGUAUAAUUGUAAUACGUACCUUAUACAUUUUCAAACUUCACUUAAAAAGUGAUUAUAUCUCAAAUUUAAAUUUAAUAUUAUUAGAAAAGAAAAAACACAAAAAAAAAAAAAAGAAAUUGAAACUUCUUGAAUCUAUAUUAUAUGAUAAAGUAGGAUAAGAAAGCCAAGAGUCAAAGACGAAUAGAUAAUAGGAGCCGCAUGGCCUAACCGCUGCCACUUUCAUUAAUUACAUAAAUUUGAUGAGAACAGAAAACAAGACAAAAUAAUUAAAAAAAAAAAAAAAAAAAACUGAAUUAGAAGAGAAAUAAAGAAGAAGAAGAAGAAAACAUCACUACAACGUGUACACGUAAAUAAUACUUCGAAAUCGAACGAUACGAGGGGAGAAAUGUUAUGCCACUUUUAAAACGGUUUUUAGACGCAGUAAAUUAUUAUAGAUUAGCGUUAUUUAAAAAUCUUUCGAAUCGAUAAUGGAAUUAUAUAACCAGUGCUUCGGAUCCAGAUCCUUGAUGCUUCUUAUAUCCUUCUACUUCCGAGUUGAAACGAAUCGUUCAUUUAAUUCUUCGUUGAUAUGCAUUUAUUAACUGUAUUAUCGUCGUCUGACGGAAUAGUGGAACGAUAAAGAGUGAAAAAAAUCAACGAAACGUAGAAAUUUGUGCGAGGAAAUAACUUGAAAACUGAAAAGGAAUUCGAGUCGGUAAAAUUAGCACAGUAUUUAUAUUUCUUAUAUAUAUAUAUCAAUUGACUCUUCCUAUAUGGCAACGGUACAGUUGACGUGCAAGGUUUUAGAAUCUGGAUCCGACAAUGUGAUUCACUUUAAAGCUUAUUCAGUCGAGAAUCUUUAGCGAUCUAUCAUAUGAAUUAUAAAACAAAUUUUUCAAUCAUUCACAUUCAGGCCAUUCCCUCCUAUUCGAUCCUCAGUAGCUUCUGGGGACGGAGCCUUUCGGAUAUGGCAGAACGGUAGUAAUUCUUAUUAUCAUACGGCUAGAUCAGCGUGAAAUCGCGAGACCUGCUACGGAGCGAAAUUUCUGAUCACCUAUAAAAUAAAAUGUACAGUUAUUCUUUGACAAAAUUUAAAAAUGACCGUAUUUCAGGAUUUCAUCGUACUUGAAAUUACUCACUUAAAAGCUGAUCGUUUUUUCAAUCUGUGCUUAUUCUUAUAAUUAUUUUUCUAAAAGUUGCGCAGGACUUCACAAGCUUUUUAAAAAAUUUCAACUUUGCCAAUAUCGGCGAAUAUAAUUAGCGGAGGUAUUUACAAUAAUCUUGACAUAGUUGAAGAUGUCUUUUUUUACGAAAAUUUUAUACAUCGUAGUUCUAUAAGGAAACCCUUUAUUUCCACCGAGUAAAUGUAUGCUGAUUUAAAAAAUAAAAUACGUGAACAUUUCUUUCUAACGAGAUCUUCAAAUACGGGUCUUUUUAAAUUUGCCAACGAAUUACUUAUUUUAUUUUCACAUGAUUUGGAUUUCGGUUCGUGGGAGACUGCAUCGUUUCAUAUCUGAACUCAUCCAUGCAUAGAAUACUUGAAAGUAUUGAAUAAAAUUAGCACCAGUCUGCAGGCGCAGUCGCUAGAGAUAUUUGAACUAAAGAGAGAUGGGAAGAAAGAAAUCAUUAAAAAGGUUCAUUAAUAAUAAUUACACGUACUCGAUACCUCCUAAUAAUACUACCUUAUUACCAUAUUAUUAUACUUGCUACAUUAGAGAAUAUACGAAUUACAUAAAGAUUCAGGCUCGAUAUCCAUUUAUUGUAAUAUUUUUAUUAUCGCAAACCGUACUAAGUAUAAUUACAAAUUAUUCAAUUAUAUUAUACAAUAUAUACUGUAUAUGUAUACAUAUUAUAUACAAUAUACAUAUAUGUAUACACAUGCGUAUAUAUCUAUCACUAACUAUUAUUUAUUGACUAACUAAGUAACUAACUAACUAAUUAACUAACAUUGUAAAUAAUAAUGAAAAUAUUUUAUCUAUAUAUUUCUGGGGGAUGGGGGCGAGGUGAUUGUCUUUAUCUCAUGGCAGCGCCGUUAUCCCAGUUAAAUCGUGACCCCCUCCCCCCCAUCAUUGUUACACCAUUUCAUCAUUGCAUUUAAUAAAUUAUAUAUUUAUUGACUUA